UUUUUCUGCGCCCCGUCUUCCAUCACGAUCUUCUCACCGACAAACUUGCCAACCAACCCCUUCAGCGGCACCGUUCAAUCCACGAGGUAAGUCGAAACAAGGCAUAAACCACCUUGUUUGCGCCCAUGAUGGCGACUUGAUCCAACAGGAACUUCUUGCCUUUUCCUUGAUGCCGGAGGAGAGCAAUCAGACGAGUCGUGCGAUUUACGAGAUACCGAUUUUAUUUUAUUUCGACCUCCAUCCUCGCCUUGACGGACGAUGCGGUAGCCCCUUGGCUGGCGGCUACCCAACGCCGAACGACGAUGACACCUGAUACGCUCUCCUCUUCAGCAACGAGCUGGCAGAACCCUCCUGUCGGACGAUUGUCGCCUGGGAGGGCACUCUCCACGCUCAACAGGCCAUUGGAAGGCUAACAUGCAAUUUUCUUCGCUGGCAGAUACCUCAUUUCCCGAGACUUGAGAAUCUCCGCAUACAUCAACCGCCAAGAUGGUCCGCACUUCCGUUCUCCACGAUGCUCUCAAGAGCAUGAACAACGCCGAGAAGGCCGGCAAGCGCCAGGUGCUCAUCCGCCCCAGCUCCAAGGUCAUCGUCAAGUUCCUCCAGGUCAUGCAGCGCCACGGUUACAUUUCGUCUUUCGAGGAGGUCGAUGACCACCGCUCCGGCAAGAUCGUUGUCCAGCUCAACGGCCGCCUCAACAAGUGCGGUGUCAUCUCCCCCCGCUACAACGUCCGUCUCUCCGACCUCGAGAAGUGGGUUGUCAAGCUGCUUCCUGCCCGUCAGUUCGGCUACGUCAUCCUCACCACCUCUGCUGGUAUCAUGGACCACGAGGAGGCCCGUCGCAAGCACGUUGCCGGCAAGGUCAUCGGCUUCUUCUACUAAGCGUUGGGAAAUCCAAAAGUUUUGAUGGAAGAAUAAAAAAAAUCAAGGGGCGUGGGACAUUUGGCGUUUGGGGGAACAACUUGGGUUAGCCAUGGCCGAUACCAGAGGAUGCCAUUGAGCUAGGAUCUCAUUUACACCAAAAGCAAUGAACUUCAACCAAGACCCCACCAAUACGAG